AUGGUUCAAGUUUUAGCAAAGCUGGAGUGGGCAGCUCAAGAUGCCAUCCACCAUCUUCAACAAAUCCCUGAAUUCUCAAAUGCAAAAAUAGCCGUAGUUGGGGGCAUGGCUGUCAUGAAACACACCAAGUGUUACCGUCGAAGCCAUGAUAUUGACUUCAUCACCGGAUGUAACGCAAAGGAAAGACUUCACGCCGCCGCGGAGAGGGCAUUUCGGCAGUGGCCAGGUCAAUUCGUCUACGAUCCUAAUUGGCCUCUGGCACCAGCGACUCAAACUCCUGACGAUAAAGAUCCGCCGUAUCCGAAGAAUGCCAUUCAGAUGGAUUUCAUACUGGAGUGGCAGGUCAGUGCAAAUGUCCCGUUAUAG